GUCACCGCUGCCGGUACGGUAUUCGGAACGGAAGUUAACAUUGAGGAGGUGAGAGAGUACAGAAGGUAUCAUCAUAUGCAAAAAAGUUGAAAACUGGGACCGUCUAUUAAUCAAAAUACAGGCGGCAACCUCCGGCGGUUCUGUACAGAACGCGACAGCUAAAGACCUCGACGGAGGCGAUCUAUUAAGAAGCAUCCAGUAGUGAUAUGACUGAUCCAAGGGCGAGCCUUCAUAAUGGAGCUAAUACAAAAGCGGGACGAAGUCUCCCUUCAUGGAUAAGUGCGAGAGAGAGUGAGACCAAAUCUCAUGGAAAGAAGGCAGCUGAUGAGGAAAAUGAUGGCACCAAAACAUCUAAACAAGCUAAAGAGUCAUCUCCUUCCAAGAAACCUGAAAGCAGCAAAAAAUCUUCUCCAUCAAGUUCGGGCCCCACAAACUUCUCCAAACUUUUGGAAGGUGUUGUAUUUGUAUUGUCAGGAUUUGUUAAUCCAGAACGCAGCACCUUGCGAUCUCAGGCACUGGAGAUGGGAGCAGAAUAUCAACAGGACUGGAACUCGAAUUGCACCCUCUUGGUUUGUGCAUUUGCAAACACCCCAAAGUUUCGACAGGUUGAGGCAGACUGCGGAACUAUUGUUUCUAAGGAGUGGAUAUCAGAGUGUUACAACCAGAGAAAGCUUGUUGAUAUUGAAAUUUACCUUAUGCAUGCUGGGAAACCAUGGCGGAAGCAAAAUAUUUCCAACAAAUCAAGCCAAGUUGCAGACCUGGAAUCUUCUUUGUCUAGGAAAUCUCUGACGCAAAUAGAUAGAAGAUCGCAUGCUGCUUCUCCCAAGGUAAAGCAGAGUGGAUCUUCUAAUCCUGCUAAGGAGUGUUUCUGUCCUUCUAAAGUGAAGAAGUGGGCUAUUGAUGAUUUGAAUAAAACUGUCUCAUGGCUAGAGAGCCAAGAAGAAAAGCCAGAGGCGAGUGAAAUAAAGAGUAUAGCUGCUGAAGGAAUCCUAACCUGUUUACAAGACGCUAUUGAUUCGCUCAAGGAAAAGCAGGAUGUCCAACAAAUGACUGAGCAAUGGAAUUUCAUCCCUCUCGUGGUUGAGGAGCUGGCAAAGUUUGAAAGCACUACAAAUGGUUCAGCAGUGCUCUCGAAGGAAGAACUUUGCAGGGAAGCAAUGAACUGUAAGAAGAUUUACGAGGUUGAAUUUCGCAAACUUGAUGAUGAUUCAUUAGCGGAUAAGAAACGGCCUAGAACUGAUGAGACUAAGAAGGGUUACAAAGGUAGAACCCGAGCUUUCACCGGUGACGAAGCAGCUUAUGACAGUGAUGAAACAAUUGAGAUGACCGAGGAGGAUGUAGAACUUGCUUACAAUGCUGUAGCUUCUAAGCUUAAACGCUGAAUGAAUUCGUAGAAGAGAGACUCCAGUCUCCCCUACUAAGCUUACAUUGCUCAUACUUUUACUUGUACAGCCGCGUCAUCGUAACUGCUUUCUUUGUAUUGUCAUUUUAAGCUUUUGUGUGUGUAUUUUCUGCACCUGCCCCAAAAGGUUGAUACCUUUGAACAGAAAGGACGAUGUUUUGAUUAUAAUCGUCUUGGGAAAGUCACCGUGAACUA